AAAAAUAAAUGAUAAAGAAGAUACUAAUGCUGAACCAAUAUUAAAAUCAGGAUUAACACUAAAAAAAAUUAAAUUAUUAAAAGAAAGUGAUAUACCUUUUGUAAUAUUUGAUAAUACAAAUUCAUCUACUAUAUCUGUUGAUAAUAUAAUAUUAACUGAAAAAACACAAUUAGAAAAAUUAGAAAAAUGA